CUUCUUGUCAAGAAUCAGGGGGCGUUUCCGGGUUGCUGACAUCAUACAGUCCAAGCCACAAGUACCCAUUUUUAUCUCUGUUUGGCUGUCAAGAAAACGAGCGAGAAACGCUGAGAAAGUGACGCCACGCAUUUUUCAGUUCCCGUCGCCCAGAAAUGACUAGUGGGGUUACACCUUCAGUUUCCCCAUCCCAUUUCUCAAUUCUUCACUCUAAACCAAAGAUUACCCACUUUUCAUCUCCUUCAAAUCUCAAAUUUCGACCGAUUUCACCAAUUGGGUCUCCCAGAUUCGUAGUCCGUUGCAGCUCUGGUGAUGGCGACAGCAGGACUGUUCUAAAUGCCUUUUUCUUAGGAAAAGCUUUAGCAGAAGCCUUAACCGAGCGCGUUGAGUCAACAAUUGGAGAAGUUUUGAGUGGGAUUGGUAGGCUGCAAGCUGAACAACAAAAACAAAUUCUUGAUUUCCAGGAGGAGGUGAUAGAAAGAGCCAAAAAAGCCCAGGAAAAAGCAGCACGUGAUGCCAAAGAAGUACAAGGUCCGAUCUCUUCUUCUUCUUCGAUAAGAUCGCCUACAAUCGAAGUUGCUUCAUCGUCGACUAGUUCGACCAACCAACAACAACUCUCGAAUCCAGGCUCUGAUUCAGGAACUGCUCCGAACCAGGAUCCUCCUCUUGGUGGCGAAGAGUAAUUAAUUGUGUCUUUGUCAAUUUCUCUUGGUUGUUAUACAUAGAAGACUUAUAGUGAAUGUAACCUUUAUAUACUGAUGAUGAGUUGGGUAGGUUCGUCUUUCAGAUAUCUUAUGAGAUUCUUGACGUGACCGAACACAACCCGUUUAGUAACAUUAUUAUUUGAAAUUUUGAAUAUAGGAAUGAGUUAAAAAUGACUGUUAUAGUCAA